UCAGUGUCUGAUGAGGAAUUUCCCCCACGAAUCAUUAUCACUCAAUUCUGCAAGUGGUUCUGAUUUACUAUCGCUGUUCUCUAGCCGGUCUAAAACCAUUUUUGACCUAAAGGGACGCUUUUUGGACGCCAUGGACUUUUUUCAGUUUCCAGGCAAAAAGAACAGUCAAAAUGCAGGCAGGGCGCCGGACAAAGCAGUAGGGACAAAAUGUAUGUGAAAUGCAUUGAAACAGCAAUGUUAUGCUAUGUAAAAUUUGUUUGGAAAAAAAUUACAUUUUUUAAAAUUGUAAAAUUUCCCGCCGCCCGCAGGCGCCCGUACGUCCCGACGUCACAGGGACCGGAACACAGAAGCCGGAUGCCGGCAUCGGCCGGAGGAGAUGGCCGGGGACGCUGCAGGGGACGCA